UCCGAAGAGAGAGAACCGCCAUGAAGAGAGAAGGGGGUGCCGCCCACCUCUGCUCCGACAGCCUCCCCGAGUCCCAGCAGCAAGACGGCAACCACGCACCCAACUUCUCCAGCCACAGCACAUGCCGCCGUCGCCAGCGGCGCCGACAUGACAAGGCGCUGCAUGCCCGCUAGGCCAGGUUUCCCCUCAUCCCCAGCCCCGGGGUCGUCGCCCCCGCGCUGCCAUCUGAGACCCGGUAGUACCGCCCCUGCUGCAGCGGGAAAGAGAACAGAGAGUCCUGGGGACAGGAAGCAGUCAAUUAUAGAUUUCUUCAAACCAGCUUCAAAACAAGAUAGACAUAUGUUGGAUUCUCCACAAAAAUCGAACAUCAAAUAUGGAGAAAGUGGAUUGUCCAUCAGUGGGACAGAGCAGUUUGAAAGGAAACUAUCCUCACCAAAAAGAUCUAAACCCAAAAGGGUGCCAUCAGAAAAGAGCCCCGUCUUAGAGGCAUUCAUGAAAGGUGUUAAAGAGCACCAUAGAGAUCAUGGUGUACAUGAGUCACGUCAGCCUUGUGUGUCACUCGCCACCAAAUGUCCAAAGGCAGUUACAAAAUACGUUCCUCCUUCAUAUCUCUUGUCAAAAGAGACGAAGAAAAAACAUCAGUCUCCAGAGGGAAGGAAGUCACAUUUCAUUCAUGAAAAUAGCAGGGAGAAGAAUGAUGGAGAUCGAGGCAAAAUCAGUGCAGAUUCUAAAAAGCAGGCCGCGGUGACAGAAGCUGACAUCUUCAAGAACAGCUCCAGAAGUCUUAGCAGCAGGAGCAGCCUGUCCAGGCACCACCCAGGAGAAAGCCCACUGGGAGCUAAGUUCCAGUUGUCUCUAGCUUCUUACUGCAGAGAAAGAGAACUAAAGAGGUUGAGAAGGGAGCAAAUGGAGCAGAGAAUCAACUCAGAAAAUUCUUUCUCAGCAGCAAGCACUCUUUCCUUAAAAUCCUCUAGUAUAGGAAGAAGAUGCAAACCAAGGCAGGAACAGAGUAAACAGAAUGAUGUCACAGCCGGAAAUAGUAAUCUUUCAAACCUGGAAAAUGGACCUCUCUCAAGAAAAAGAUCCUCUUCUGAUUCAUGGGAACCUGCCUCAGCAGGCUCUAAGCAGAAUAAAUUCCCUGACAAAAGAAAAAGGAACUCUGUGGACUCAGAUCUGAAAAGCACAAGAGAAUCUAUAAUGCCAAAAGCAAAAGAGUCCUUCCUUGAGAAGCGUCCUGAUGGACCACAUCAGAGAGAAAAAUUUAUAAAGCAUAUUGCACUGAAGACACCUGGUGGUGUAUUGCGCUUGGAAGAUAUAUCCAAGGAACCGAAUGAAGAAGCUGAUUGCUCCUCUGCAGGCUUGACACCUUCAAAUACUGGGCACCAUUCUUCCAGGAAUAGUGACCAAAUUCGUGUGGCAAGUACCAAAGAGACUAAGAUACAGAAACCCCACUUACCUUUACCUCAGGAAAAGUCUGCAGUUAAAAAAGCUAGCAACCUUCAGAAAAAUAAAACUGCUAGCUCUGUGGCAUCACAGGAGACAAAACUUCUACCUUUACUUUCCCAUGUUCCAAGUGCUGGUUCCUCUCGGGUUCCAUUAAAUGCUAAAAAUUGCACUCUUCCAGUUCCUAAAAAAGAUAAAGAGCGUUCCUCAUCUAAAGAAUGUUCUGGGCAUUCUACAGAGUCCUCCAAACACAAGGAACACAAAGCAAAGACUAAUAAGGCUGAUUCUAACGUAUCUACAGGGAAAAUUUGUGGGGGAUCUUUGCGUUCAGAAUAUGGCACUCCUACAAAGUCUCCCCCGGCUGCUUUGGAAGUUGUGCCAUGUAUUCCGAGCCCAACAGCACCUUCAGAUAAAGCCCCUUCAGAUAAAGAGAGUUCAGGAAAUUCCAAUGCAGGUAGCAAUGCACUGAAAAGAAAACUAAGGGGUGAUUUUGAUAGUGAUGAAGAAAGUUUAGGUUAUAACCUAGACAGUGAUGAGGAAGAGGAAACAUUAAAAUCACUGGAAGAAAUAAUGGCUUUGAACUUCAGUCAGACUCCUGCGACUACAGGAAAGCCUCCUGCUCUUUCUAAGGGGCUUAGAUCUCAGUCAUCAGACUAUACAGAACAUGUUCAUAGUGGAACUUACACAAAUACUUUAGAGCGUCUAGUGAAGGAGAUGGAAGACACACAAAGGCUAGAUGAACUGCAGAAGCAACUACAGGAAGACAUAAGGCAGGGCCGAGGCAUUAAAUCUCCAGUCAGAAUUGGCGAUCAAGACAGUACAGAUGAUGAAGAUGGCCUCUUAGAAGAGCACAGAGAAUUUCUAAAGAAAUUUUCAGUUACAAUAGAUGCUAUUCCUGAUCAUCAUCCAGGCGAAGAAAUAUUUAAUUUCCUUAAUUCUGGAAAAAUUUUCAAUCAGUAUACCUUGGAUUUAAGAGACUCUGGUUUUAUCGGACAAAGUGCUGUAGAAAAGCUUAUUCUUAAAUCAGGAAAAACAGAUCAGAUUUUUUUGACAACACAAGGCUUCCUUACCUCUGCUUAUCACUAUGUCCAGUGUCCUGUACCUGUGUUAAAGUGGCUGUUUCGGAUGAUGUCAGUUCAUACAGACUGUAUUGUGUCUGUGCAGAUUUUAAGUACAUUAAUGGAAAUAACAAUAAGAAAUGAUACCUUCAGUGAUUCACCAGUUUGGCCUUGGAUCCCAUCAUUGUCUGAUAUAGCUGCUGUGUUUUUCAAUAUGGGAAUUGAUUUUAAAUCUUUGUUCCCUCUGGAGAAUCUUCAGCCAGACUUUAAUGAAGAUGACCUAGUUUCUGAAACACAGAUGACACUGGGGGUGAAAGGAAGUGAAGAUUCUUCUUGUAAGCCAAUAUUUUCAUCUCUCCCUGAAACCAACAUUUUAAAUGUGGUCAAGUUUCUAGGCUUGUGUACAUCUAUACAUCCGGAAGGUUACCAGGAUUGUGAAAUAAUGUUACUGAUUUUAAUGUUGUUUAAAAUGAGUCUGGAAAAACAACUGAAACAGAUUCCUCUAGUAGACUUUCAAAGCCUCCUGAUAAACCUGAUGAAAAACAUCAGAGAUUGGAAUACAAAGGUGCCUGAACUCUGUCUGGCCAUAAAUGAACUCUCCAGUCAUCCCCACAACCUUCUGUGGUUGGUACAGCUGGUCCCUAACUGGACAUCACGUGGAAGGCAACUGAGACAGUGCCUCAGCCUAGUGAUUAUUUCAAAGCUUUUGGAUGAGAAACAUGAAGAUAUCCCUAAUGCGAAUAAUCUGCAGAUAUCAGUCUUGCAUCGCUAUCUUGUGCAAAUGAAGCCUUCAGAUUUGUUGAAGAAAAUGGUCUUGAAGAAAAGGGCUGAACAACCAAAUGGCACUAUUGAUGAUAGUCUUCAUUUGGAACUUGAAAAGCAGGCAUAUUACCUGACCUACAUUCUUCUUCAUUUAGUCGGUGAAGUUAGUUGUUCUCACUCUUUUUCUUCUGGACAACGGAAACACUUUGUGCACCUCUGUGGGGCUUUAGAAAAGCAUGUUAAGUGUGAUAUUAGGGAAGAUGCAAGACUGUUUUAUAGAACUAAGGUAAAAGACUUGGUUGCCAGGAUACAUGGAAAAUGGCAGGAAAUAAUCCAGAACUGUCGACCUACUCAGGGGCAGCUUCAUGACUUCUGGGUACCAGAUUCUUAACAGGAGUUGCAGCAGCAAAAUUAUGAACCAAGAGAAAUUCAAUAAGAGUCUUUCCUAAAGGAGUAGAAAGUAGUACAGAACCCAGUGGAAGGCCAAGAAAAUGUUCAGCAAAUGUGCUACUUGAAUAUCUAGUAUGAAGCUGGUAAUGAAGAAAUUGCCAUUUCUGAAGCAGAUACGAAAUGCGAUCCGCUUAAAAAGGCAACCAGCCUUUUAAAAGAGCAGGAUCCCAUAACAAGAGGGGAGGGGUGGAAGCAGCUGAUAGUUGCAUGUCUAACCUUCCCCUGUUAACUCUUGUUAAAUUUUAAGCCAGUUAUCUUUUUUGUUUGUUUGUUUGGAUUGUAUUUGCGGCACUUGGAUAAUCACAGAAAGGAUGGAAGAAAGGGUUUGGAUGAACUUGAGGAGAUGGACAUGGAAACCAAGAUCAAGUUCCAGUUUGGUUUAAUUUUCCAUCUUGGUUAUUUUACGACUCAAAGGGAACACUUAGAACUGAGUUUACUAAUAGAAAGGAUAAAUCUCUUCUGUUACUCCUGCAAACCACUGGCGGGUUUUAAUCCAUGCAUUUUUCUUGGCUAUUCAAGAUUAUAAAUCUGUUGGGUUUUUAAAAUACAUCGAAACAAACAGUUGAGAAACAGAAGUUUGGUAUAUUGUCAGAUCCCCUUAAGGGGAAGAGUUUAAGCUAUAAAAUAGUGGCUCUGUUUUUAUUCCAAAACAUACAUAUGCAGUUUGUUUUGGAUUUUCUUUAAGUGCAUAUAUAUAUAUAUAUGUGUGUGUGUGUGUGUGUGUGUGUGUGUGUAUAUAUAUAUAUAUAUAUUUUUUUUUUAAUACUGGUUAAAUUUUAGAA